UCAAAGAUGGCAGCGCCCAUGUAGAAAAAUUUGCGACCGUCUGACAAAGCAGUUUUUCAGCAAGGUCUGAGUGUUUAAAGGAUCCCAGACAGCAAACAUGGCUAGCAGAGUACAACAGCAUUGGCUGACCUUCUCCAGAAUGUGGUUACUAUGUGAUGCCAGAUGGCAGCCGGCACCAGAACUGGCCAAGAGGAUCUGUAAAUAUCUGGAGGGUCGGCACAAACCUGUCUACCAUCCACUGACUGAUUGCGGGGACCAUGUAGUAGUGAUCAACACCAAGGAAGUUGCCUUUGACAAGAACCAGUGGGAGAAGAAACUUUAUGCUGUCAACACAGGAUAUAAGAACACAAUGAUAGCAAUGUCAGCAAAAGACUUCCAUAGAAUGGACCCUACUAAGGUUGUUGAGAGGGAAGUGUACAGUGAGCUACCAAAGAACCUCCAGAGAAAAAACCUGAUGACAAGAUUACAUCUGUUUCCAGAUGAGAACAUACCUGAUAACAUUAAGCAAAACUUAGUAGACAUCAUCCCACCAGUCAUGGAGCCUCCCAAGAGGCUGGAUGAGUUCACAGAGGAGGAAAAAGCUUCCUGGCCCAGAUUCUUCAUACCACCUGCAGACUACAAGCCAUCAGACUGAGGCAGACACCAAGAAAGACUUUUACAAACCUUUGCACGUGAACUAUGACUUGUAUUUUCAGAAAAGAUAUUACAUCCCUACAAUCCAUUGCUUAAAGUUUUUGUAGUACUUUUCCAAGGUGGAAACAGCCCUUAGAUUUCAUUGUAAAUAUUUUCUU